CAACGGGUAGGCGCAAGCCAACGGUCGAGUAUUUAAAAAAAAAUUGUAAAGGAUCCGUUGGUGGAAAAAUUGCACUGUUCGGUAAACAAACCGAAUUAUCAUGAAACAUGUUAGACCGCCGAAAUUUUCUUGUCUGUCUAAGAGAUGUUUACAAUGGAAGAGUUUCUAUACUUCCGACAACGCAAUAUACGAAGUCGCCUCGAAGACACUGCUUCGUGCUGAAAGUGAGAAGAUAUUAACUGCAUUUUGCGCUAUAAUCAGUCGAGAGGAGUAAAUCAUGGCCGUUAUAUUUUUAUUGAUUUUGACUGGCGUCUUCCAUGGUUAUGUCAGUGGGUACCCUGCCAAAGGUUAUGCUCUCCAUUUCCCACACCAAGGAGUGACUGAUUACGCCAACGUCUGGGGCAUGCGCAGUUUGACUCAGUUUACUGUGUGCUUUUGGAUGAAGUCGAGUGCUUCAAAUCCUGGCACACCAUUCAGUUAUGCUGUACCAGGGCAGGACAAUGAGCUGCUCAUCUACAACUACAAUGGUUUUGAACUGUUCAUUGGAGGCGAAAGGAAGGAGGUACAUGAAUCAGCUAAUGAUGGUAGAUGGCAUCACAUUUGCGUGUCGUGGCGAAACAGUGAUGGCGUGUGGCAAUUCUACAAAGAUGGAGCACUACACAUUCACACCAGAGGUCUGCGCAAGGGAUACACCAUUCAAGGAGGAGGUUCCUUGACGCUGGGGGUAGAACAAGAUUCUGUUGGAGGAAGGUUCGAGUCUAACCAGUCCUUCCAAGGGUCUUUGACCAAUGUCAACGUGUGGUCUUACGUCCUUUCGGCAAGUACAGUCAAGAGUAUGUCGACGUCUUGCCUGUCAGGGGUGGGGAACGUGUACAAGUGGUCCGACUUCAUUUAUGGUGUCAAAGGAAAAGCCGCAGUUGUUAUUCCAUCGCCUUGUUAUCCGCCCAGUUCUCGGGGAUGAUUACUCUGCGGCCCCAGACACAUUGUGUUCAAUCUUUUCAAAAAAAAAUGGCC